AUCGAAGCAUUUGUUGUAUUUCACAGUUCAGAUUGAUUCAUUGGUUUCAAGCUAUUCGUGAUUUUCUGAAUUCUGCAAAAUGGGUCGUCGGUCAAUAAACACCACCAAGAGUGGGAAGUACAUGAAUCCGACGGACCAGGCACGUAAAGAAGCCCGCAAGAAGGAACUGAAGAAAAACAAAAAGCAGCGGCAGAUGGUGAGAGCGGCUGUCCUGAAAGGGAAAGAUCCGGCUCAACUGAUCGAGGAGAUGGAAAAAAUAGAUGAGAUGGAGUUCAAUGUGUACCAGCCUUCGCCUUUGAACGAAAAAGUAUUGAAGGAAAAACGUAAAAAGUUAAAAGAAACUCUGGAUCGUGUCAUGCGACUGUACCAGGCGGAUGAUCCCGAUUUGUGGGGAGAGCUAAAGCGAAAGGAAGUAGACUAUGAGAAGCGCAGAAACAAGCGGAUACAGUACUACGAAAGUGUUAGACACGCCGAACAAGUUCAAGUGGAUGAUAUCCCGUUGCCGUCGGCUAACGAGACUCCUACACCAUUGUCUAUUCCUAGAAUCCCAAUACCGCCUAUUAUUCCAACUAUUCUGCCACCUAUUAAACCACCACCGAUUUUGAAAAAACCUAUUGAAAACCCGGUAGAACCGAUGGAACCCGUGGAUGAUGACGAUGAUAUUCCCGGAUGUCCACCGGGACCAGCACCAGAUUUGUUUGCAAUGCCAGAGCUUGACUUUGAUCUGGAGGAGUUCCACAAUGAAACGCAAAAAAGUGUCAAAUUCUUCGACGACGCUGACUCGCGGGACAAUUCAGACGAUUCGGAUACCGAAAAACCUAAACACGUAAGCACGGUGCAACAGAAGAUGCUUGCAAUUUCGGGUCAAAAUCUUGACGAAUUCAUGAAGGAAAUGGAGAGCGUGCAGAAGAAGAAAGAUCAACCAGACGCGCUCAUCAGUGCAAUUCCGACACCUCCAAAGCCUCCGAUAGCAUUACCGAAUCCAGCACCCCAUCCUUCGGAUCCAACAGUGAAAUAUGUGCCGAUGCCGUCUUUGCCGAUUCCUGGACCGGGCCCAAUCCAACCUGCUCUUAUGAUUCGUCCUCCACCUCUUCGUCCCGGAAUUCCUGGUAUCCCGGGUUUGAGAAUGCCUCCUCGUCCGCCGCCGGGAAUCCCACCUCGACUUGGUAUACGCAUGCCACCUGGGCCACCCACCGGACCACCCCCGAAGCACAUCCAACAGCAACAUAUGCGUAAUAUGCUUCACCAGCAGCAGAAAGAUCCAAAAAGUGCCACCAUUUCGGCGAAGCCUCAAAUUCGAAAUCUCAGUGCCGACGUUACGCGUUUCGUACCCAGUGCACUGCGAACCAAAAAGGACGAGGGCAUCAAGCGGCCGCAGCAAAGUCGCUUGGAUAUGGGUCACCACCACCAGCAAUCGCAUCACCCGAAUCAACACCAGCAGCAGCACCAUCAUUUACACCCUGGCAGAACUGGAGCGCCUGGUGUGCCGGAAAAGAGCAAACCCAGCAAGGACGACGCAUACAUGCAAUUUAUGAGAGAGAUGGAGGGAUUGCUUUAAGGAAGCGUAGUAUAGGUCCGUAACUGAUAGGAUGAAAGGAAUGUAUUUAACUUUCUGUGCGUACUCAUUCCCUAGAAUGAGAUGGUUGAAUUUUGAAUCAAUUUUGGUGUUGUCAAUACACUUUUAGUCAUAUUCGUUCUAUCCUCA